CGAUGAUCUGUCGAGUGUUUGUAUGUCUGUUGGUGUACCGCCUCAUUGGGGCCAAAGCUCAACAGUGUGUCCCCGAUCCAAUUUUCAACAUCUAUUUAGAAGACACCACGCUGUCUUGGCAAAAUAUUUCCAACUGCGAAGGAAUUAGCUACGUUACUAUCAUUCACAGUCGAAACGCUGGUGAAAUAGAAUACGUCUAUCAAGGCGAAGAUACCACUAUUGACGUUUCGUUCCUCCCUUACUGCAGAUCUUACAUUUUCACCGUAUGCGCUUACUCCAGUGUAGAAAAUCUUGCUGGGCCUUUCACUCAGAUUGGAGCAUACGUACCACUUCCUGAAGGUAGCAGCAUCGGUAUAACCAACAUCUCAGGUUCCCAAAUAGGAAAUAAUAUUCUUAUAGAAUGGCAAGUUCUUCGUGAAUAUCUCCAUUGCCUGGACCACUACAGGAUACUGCUUUGGGAUGAGGACAGUUCCGAACCAAAAGAAAUAACCACGCGAAUGAAUGGUUACUACAUAACCAAUGCGCCUUUUUGUAUGACCUACCGAGUGGAUAUGUCUGUGGUAUAUGGUGGAACGGAAAACCCCGUGUCUACCUUUAACUAUACAGUCCCCUCUGCAACAAACAAUCUCUCUCUGCUCUCCGUAACUCAGAGUGCCACCACCAUCAACAUCACUUGGGGACUAGAGAUCUACUCAGUUAACAGGUGCACAGUGACGUCUUUGACAAUCGUCGGAACCGUAAUUAACUUAACCAUACCCAUCCAGGACAGUCCGGAAAGACCGCCGAUUAGCGUGAACUUGUCAGGUCUUAAGGCCAAUAGUAUGUACUAUUUCAAUGUGACUGUGGAGAACGAAGCUGGUACUUCAAGGCCAUUCCAGUUGGCCGUACAGACGCUGCCCAUCGGGUAUGAACUGGACUUUGAUAUUGGCGAUAGCUUUGAUGGCUACCAAUACGUUCAAGUUUCUUAUUCAAAUGGAUAAAAUGUAUUGAGAACCCUACCACUAAAUAAAGAAAUACAUUUUAGGUAUUGCACCUGAA